AUGGCGCUGAAGGCCUGCACAACCAUCAGGACCUCCACAGGAUCGUCCUCAGGCCUGGGCUCUCUGACCAUCAUCAUGGGCUACUUUCUCCGCCUGCUGCAGCUGCUCUCCACCUGCGUGGCCUUCUCCCUGGUGGCUGGUGUGAGCACUUUGCAGGUGGCUGCAGGUAACUGGUCCAUAUUUGUCUGGUGCUUCUGCUUCAUCGUGACCCUCAUCAUCCUCAUAGUCGAGUUGUGUGGGCUUCAGUCUCGCCUCCACCUCUCCUGGGAUGGCUUUCUCAUCACCAGCGCCUCCUGUGCCACCUUCUUAUGUCUCUCAGGCUCCAUCGUCUUUGCCACCGCCUGCAUCCAGUUGCUGCCUCACAGCCCCUUCGGUGACCACGCCAUUGCGGUCACUGCCUUUUCCAGCCUUGCAUCUGUGGCUUAUGCCACUGAAGUGGUCUGGACCUGCGCCUGGUCUGGAGAGUUCUCCUGCUCUGUACUCACCUUGCCAGGCCUGCUUCACAGGCUGGAGAUCUUCGUGGCCUGUGUCAUCUUCGCCUUCAUCAGCAGCCCCCAUCUGUACGUGCACCAGCCGGCCCUGGAGUGGUGCGUGGCCGUGUAUUCCAUCUGCUUCCUCCUGUCAGCCGUGACCCUCCUGCUGAACUGGUACAACUGGGACAACAGGCUGCCUGUCCCCGUCCCCCUUGUGCAUUUGGGGCUGACCCUGCUCUCCGCCCUCCUCUAUGCCUCUGCUGUGGUCCUCUGGCCGCUCUACCAGUUCAACGGGGAGUUCGGCGGGCAGCCCCAGAGGUCCAGUGACGUGAGCUGCCAUGAUAAACUCAGUUCCUACAUGUGCACCUGGGACCAGCGACUGGCUGUGGCCGUCCUGACUGCCGUCAAUCUGCUGAUUUACGUGGUGGACCUGGUGGACUUGGCCCGCCGCUUUUUUUAUCAGCUUCUGAGGCUCUGCACCAGGCCCCCCGGUUCCCUCUUAUUGUCAGUGGAGGCAUCUUCACCAAGCUCAGUCGUCCUCUGAUGUCCUCUUCCUGGCUCCCUCUCUCCCUUCUCACAUCCUUUCCCAUUCAUCUUGCUCUUUCCCGUUCCCUUCCCUCCUUCUUCUCUGUCUCCCUUCUGUCUCGUGUGCUUGCCCAUAAUUCUGUUUUGCCUCUUUCUUGUGUUGUUCCAUCUUUUCUACAUAUUCUGCUUUUUGUCCCUUUUCUGUUCUUCCUUGGUUUCUCGUCUCCUGUGUCCUGAUCACCACUCUCCAUCUUCCUUCUUCUGAUCCAUCAGGACCUGAGACUCCUUCCUCCUCUGCCCUCUCACCUCCUAAGGUGCUGACUCCACAGCACACAGCCCUCUGUGCAGCUGUGCACACCCUGGGCCUCUGGAGGCUCUGGUUGUCUGUCACCCUGGCUGUGUCUUAGUUGGUACAGAUGUGUGGAGUGGGGUGAGUGUGGGUAGCUAGGAAUUGGACCCCAUUUUUCCCAGUGGAGGGGGUUUAGAGUAUUAUUGUUGUUCAGUCUCUCAAUUGUGUCCGACUCUUUGCGACCUCCAUGGACUGUAGCAUACCAUGCUUCCCUGUCCUUCACCAUCUCCCGGAGCUUGCUCAAAUGCAUGUCCAUUAAGUCAGUGAUGCCAUCUAACCAUUUCAUCCCCUGUCACCCCCUUCUCCUCCUGCCUUCAAUCUUCCCCAUCAUCAGGGUCUUUUCUAAUGAGUCGGCUUGUUUUUAAGUUAAAAGGAGGUCAAUAAUUCCCAGUGGGUGGGAGUCUUGAAGCAGCGACUUUGGGUCCCUGGGCCCCAUCCGGUGCUCAGCCCCACCUGAGAUUGGCUCCAGAAUUUUUGCAGGUUCACUAAACACCCACUGCCUAGAGGGCUUCUUAGAGGAAGUUGUGAUGACUUCCAUCCCAAUUACUUUCUGGACAUCGAAGUAGGAGCUGGCAGAGAACCCCAGGGUCUUGAAGACACCUGUCUGCAGUGUUGGUGGGGGGCAGUGAUGUGGCCCUCCCGCCUCAGUGAUCAAAAGUGCAGGUCCUGCCUCUGCAGGGAGAAGAGUGUGGCCCCUGCAGCCUUAAAGGUGAUGUUAGCCUGGAUUUUUUUUCCCUGAUCAGGAAGGCAAAAAUUAGUGAAUAUCCUUAUUCACUAAAGGGGAAGUUUCUUUUCAUUCUUUUUCCCAGCGGGGUUACUUCAAAGGGUGGAAAUUCCUUCUGCCAGAGUGAAAGGAAUUGCAUCCGUGACUGCUGCACACAGAAGUAUGAUUCUAUGGCUUAGUAUGAUUCUAUCAGUGGCUUUCUCUGCUGCUUCCUGCUUCUCUGAGACUCAUGAAUAAGAUGGUCUGUAUGAAUGUAUAAGUAUGUAUAUCUUAUUCCCAGGUGCUUCUGGUUCCCAUCAGCCCCCUGCUGUCAAUCAUAGAGAAAAUCUCGUCCCUUCUCCACAAUCACAAUGUACUUUUUUAACCUCAAUAUUAAGAUAAAGGAAAACAAAACAAAACAAUACCUUCUCCCCUCCUCACUAAUCAAGAGAUCCUAAUUAACCCAAAUUUAUCUAGAGCUCAGAAGAGGCCUACCAGAUUUCCCUCCUCACCCACCCGACCCUGGGUGGGGUCCCUGGUGGGGUCCCUCCCACUGUCUUCCCGCCCUCACCUGAGCUAGACCUUAGGGAGUGGACCAUCCCUGGAAAACUAGAGUUUGGGCCCCACCCCAGUGCCAAAUAUCCCAUCAGAUAACUCUUAAAAGGCUCUUGCCAGCUCCUCGAUGUCUUUCUUUAAUAGUUUGCGCCAGGGACUCCCCUGGUAGUCCACUGGUUGAGACUCCUGGCUUCCACUGCAGAGAGAGUGGGUUCUAUACUUGGUCUGGGAACUAAGGUUCCACCUGCCAUUCAGCGCAGGCAAAAACAUUUUUUUUUUUUAAAAGUUGUGUGCCUGUGUGCAUGUGCAGCAUGUUGCCUGGGUAUGAGCAUGCGUGUCCAUGUGCACGCUGGCAUUGGCACCAGCAGCCGUUUGUAUAACUGUGGUGAGGAAGUCACCCCAAACCUUCUUCCUCUCAUGUUCUCAGCCACAAAGCCUCAAAGCCCAGCAUAGUAGCUUCACCAGGGCCAGAGGGGCCAGGCAAGAGGAGCUUUGGGGGAGGGGAGGGGAAGGACACCCACUGCUGCCCCUCACUCCUGUACUGGGAUGAAGUCAUGUGAUCUUCACCCAGUGGCAGGUGGGAUGAAUGGGGCAGGCUCCCAGGAGGUGGUCCCUAUCAUGGGAAAAUCUUAAGAAGGACUAAAAAAUUCAUAUUUAAGGCAAGAUGAAAAAUUUCAGGAUAAAAUUGUUCUGUGUCCAUUUGAAUCUCCUCCCUCCCCUCUAGAGUGCAUUGUGCAUCUGCAGUAUGUGUUAACCAACCUCUCUGCUCAGCCUUAAAGGUGAAUUUUCCUUCUUCUGGCCCCAGUCAUAUAACUCCUUAGAAGAUUAACACAACUUAUGACCUUAUUAAUGUCACAGCUGUAUUAUUUGUAUUCUGCCUAUUUUACAAGAUUAUUGUUUCUUGCAUUGCCAAAUGUGUGACUGAGCCUCUGGUAAAAAAUUAAUGUUGACUUGAAA